CAAAGACGUCACAGGAAGUACUGAAUCCAAACAGCUGAAUAAUGUUUUUCAGUCGCUGCGUUCGCUGAUAUCCACUUCCUCAUGAUUAACUGGCACUCAGCUGUGUGAAAAGCUGCACUGAGUUCAUGAUACUCUGUCCAGGACUGUGUUUAUAAAGUCCAGCAUGACAGUGGGGUCUAUUUAUGCUGCAUUUGCUGUGCUGAGCCUCGCACCCCUGUUGGUACUUGGUGUUCCUCCCAUAUGGACCCAGCCAGAACAGGUGCACCUUUCCUAUCCAGGAGUUCCAGGUUCCAUGGUGGUGACUUGGACCACCUUCAGUGAGACAGAGAGCGAGGUGGAGUACAGCUUAAUGGGAGGUCGACUGUUUGAGCUGCUGGCCAAAGGUGACACCACUCUGUUUGUGGACUCUGGAACUGAGAAGAGGAAGAUGUACAUCCACAGAGUCACUCUCACAGGCCUCAAACCUGCAGCCACUUAUGUUUACCACUGUGGCAGCGAUGAGGGCUGGAGCGACGUGUUCUCCUUCACCGCGUUCAAUGACAGCACGCGCUUCAGCCCAAGGUUUGCCCUCUAUGGCGACAUGGGCAACGAGAACCCUCAGUCCCUGUCUCGACUGCAAAAGGAGACACAGCUUGGCAUGUAUGAUGUCAUCCUUCACAUUGGUGAUAUUGCAUAUGAUAUGGAUGAGGACAACGCCAGGAUUGGAGAUGAGUUCAUGAGGCAGAUCCAGUCCAUAGCAGCCUACAUUCCCUACAUGACCUGUCCAGGCAACCACGAGUCUGCAUAUAUCAUCAGAGGAAGAUUUUCCUUACCACUGAUAAGCAACUUCUCCAACUACAGGAAUCGUUUCAGCAUGCCAGGCCAGACUGAAAGCCUGUGGUACAGCUGGAACCUGGGCUCGGCACACAUCAUCUCUCUCUCCACUGAAGUUUAUUUCUUUCUCGAGUUUGGUCAAGAGCUCCUGUUCAAGCAGUAUGAGUGGCUCAAGAAAGACCUGGAGGAGGCCAACAAGCCUGAGAACAGAGCGACUCAUCCAUGGAUCAUCACCAUGGGACACAGGCCGAUGUACUGCUCCGAUGAUGACCAGGACGACUGCACCCAGUUUGAUUCUUAUGUCCGACGGGGACGCAAUGACACCAAACCUCCAGCCCCUGGUCUCGAGGAUCUGUUAUACCGCUAUGGAGUGGACCUGGAGCUGUGGGCACAUGAGCACACAUAUGAGAGGCUCUGGCCGGUCUACGGUGAUAAGGUGUACAAUGGGAGUUUUGAGCAACCUUAUGUCAACCCCAAAGCUCCAGUGCACAUAGUCACAGGCUCUGCUGGGUGCAGAGAGAGGACUGAUAAAUUCAGUCCGAACCCCAAACCAUGGAGCGCGUUCCGCAGCACCGACUACGGCUACACCCGCAUGCAAGUGUUCAACAACACCCAUCUUUACUUGGAACAGGUCUCUGAUGACCAGAACAUUAAACUCCGGGCUGCCAGUACUGCUGGGCAGGACGGAGACCGAGAUGUAAGGAAGAAGAGUCGCUGAGUAUGCGUGCUGCACGCAGUGGGAGGUGUGAACAGGAGCCAACGCGCUGUCAGACCGCGGUUCAAGUUACAUUUGUGUACAAUCAUUGGUGACCACAUUUAUAGUCCAGUAAAUGCCGGCUGUUUUCCAGCGUGCCCCCUACAGUGCAAGAAGCACAGCGCAACGUCUGUCCUCUUAUUAAUGAGAGUGUCACGUGGCACAGCCGGACACGUUUCUUUGCCACACAGUUCAAGUGAAAUCCUGAAGUGCAGAUUGAAAUCUUAAACCUGGUCCAGGAAAGUGGAACAUAACGUCACCUCACAUCACACGGCUGCGUCUGAAAUAUGAUGUGCUGCUCAUUACUGCCUCCGACAGAGACGCAGCAGGUUUGUGGUGUCGUGGUUGAGAGCUUUUGUUGACGGGAAGGCAAUCAUUUAUUGCAAACCAUGUCUGCAACAUUAUAACACGCUUGACCUCAUUUCAUUGUGUGGAUUUGUGUGUGUGAAACGGCAGCACUGUGAAAAUAACUAAUCAUAUUCAUAUGAAAUCCAAAAACAUUGAAGUUAUUUGUUUGUUUUUUUAAGUUUUAGUAUUCAAACACUGUUUUCCACCACUGGUUACAUGGAUUCGAUGUUUUCCAAAAUGAACUUUAUAAAUAUGCUUUUUUUUUUUUGCCACGAUUAAACUGCAAAUGUGCAUUCCUGUGCAAAAGUUUUAAAUGCCUUAAUAUUUUUGCAUAAAAGUGCUUUUUGAUUUUUCCUUAAUUAUCAGCAAAAGACAAGCUUACUGACAAGUGUUUGUAAAUUUAAUGUUACAAAUGAUUUUGUCUUUUAUUAAAUUAACAUGAAUUGAAUAAAUACAUUAAAAAGCU